ACCCGAAUUCAUUGCCAAUGGCUUUUCCUAUGCUUCAACAUGCCGUGCUCUUGUUACUCUUUGUUUUCCCAUCUUGGCCUUUGGUAUUUUCUCAAGCUAAUCCUGAAAUUCGUUUGGGUUCAUCCCUUAUUGCCUCUGAUAACUCUUCCUCAUGGAGAUCGCCUUCUGGUGAAUUCGCCUUUGGAUUUCACCAACUUGGCAAUCAAAGCCUUUUCUUGCUUGCCAUUUGGUUUGAAAAAAUACCAGAAAAAACCUUAGUUUGGUAUGCAAAUGGAGAUAACCCGGCUCCAAAAGGGUCCAAAGUUGAACUUACCUCAGAUGGCCAGUUCAUGCUAAGGGACCCAAAAGGCAAAGAGAUCUGGAGACCCCAGAAAGCUGAUAAUAUUGUCUCUCAUGCUACCAUGCUUGAUACUGGUAACUUCGUUCUUGAAGAUAGGAAUCAGAAUCUUACUGUAUGGGAGAGCUUCAAGAAUCCAGUCAACACCAUCCUGCCAACUCAAGUGCUGGAACUUGGUGGCACCCUUUAUUCUCAGAAAUCAGAAAGCAACUACUCAAAGGGGAGGUUCCAGCUCCGUUUGCAACCUGGUGGCAGUCUUGAACUUAUUACCGUGGACCCAGAAUCGGGUACUGCAUACGAGGCUUAUUACCGGAGCAACAGUAUCUUUGUUGCUCCAAAUAGCGGCGAUUCUGUUGAACGGAUGAUUUUUGAUGAAUCGGGUCGCAUCUAUGUUCUUCUAAGGAAUGGAACAGGUACUGUUAACAUCACGUCUGGAAGUACAUCUUCCAGUGGGGGUCACUACUACAGGGCAACACUCGAUCACGAUGGAGUUUUCAGGCUAUAUAACCGCGACAAGAAGGUGGGCAGCCACAAUACUUCCUCUUGGUCGGUAAUGAAAAACACUCCUUAUGAUAUUUGUGAUGCAACCCCAAGUUCUCUUGGCAGUGGUAUUUGUGGAUUCAACAGCUAUUGUAUUGUUGAUGAAGAAGGGCUCCCUCAGUGUUUGUGCCCAGAUGAAUACUCUCACUUAGAUCCUUCGGACAGAAAACAAGGGUGCAAGCCGAAUUUUGAAUUGCCCAGCUGCCAAAAAGAUGGAUGGGAAGGAAAUAAGGAUGCAGUAGAGUUCAGAGAAUUAGCAGCGACUAACUGGCCAUUAUCGGAUUAUCAACUUCAGAGGGGACCUGACUUUGACAAGGAGAAGUGUAAACAGUCUUGCAAAGAUGAUUGCCUCUGUGCGGUUGCUAUUCACGGCGGAGAUAUGUGUUGGAAGAAGAAGUUACCUCUUUCAAAUGGAAGACACAGCAAAAUUGCUUUUAAAUAUACUACCGCUCUCAUCAAGGUACCCAAAAAUAAUGCUACACCAAGAUGCCGAGAUAAGUCGACCCUGACCCUUGUUGGGUCAGUAAUCUUUGGCAGCUCUGCCUUCUUUAAUCUCUUUUUACUGUCAGCUAUUCUUGGAGUUGCUGUCUUCUGCCAUCAGAAGAAACCAACAAAACUGAAGUCAGUUUCAAGCAGAUUUGCGACAACCAUUGUGAGAACUUAUUCAUACACAGAGCUUGAAGUGGCGACUCAUGGCUUCAAAGAGAAACUAGGCAGAGGGGCUUUUGGAACAGUUUAUAAAGGAGUGUUGGCAUCAGAUCCGGGGGGAGCCGUUGCGGUGAAGAAGUUAGAUAAGGUGAUUCAAGAAGGCGAGAAGGAAUUCGAAACAGAAGUAGCUGCAAUCGGCCAGACCCACCAUAGGAAUUUAGUUGGUUUGCUCGGCUACUGCAAUGAGGGAGAGCACCGGCUUCUGGUAUACGAAUUCAUGAGCAAUGGAUCUUUAGCCAACUUGCUGUUUGGAAUAUCCAGGCCUGAGUGGAGCCAAAGAGUUCAGAUUGCCUCUGGGAUUGCGAGAGGGCUAAUGUACUUACACGAAGAGUGCUGCACCCAGAUCAUCCAUUGUGAUAUAAAGCCUCAAAACAUACUCCUGGACGACCACUUCACGCCUAGGAUUUCAGACUUUGGACUAGCAAAGCUUUUGUUGGCUGAUCAGACUCGAAUCACUCGAACAGGCAUAAGAGGGACCAUAGGGUACUUUGCGCCGGAAUGGUUCAGGAAAGGAUCAAUCACAGCUAAAGUUGAUGUUUACAGUUAUGGUGGUAUGUUACUGGAGAUGAUAUGUUGCAAGUCCAGUGUUGUAUUUGGGUAUAACGAAGAAGAAGAGGCGCUAACGGAUUGGGCUUACGAAUGCUACAUGGAAGGGAAAUUGGAGGAGAUGGUGGAAGAUGAUGAGGAAGCAAGGAAGGAUAUGAAAAGGGCGGAGACGAUGGUGAAGGUUGCAUUUUGGUGCAUCCAAGAGGAUCCAGGGCUAAGGCCUACAAUGAGGAAGGUUUCACAAAUGCUAGAUGGUGUAGUUGAAGUUCCUGUGCCCCCUCGCCCCUUUGGAGUUUUCAUGAGCUUAUCUUGAACUGUCUCUCUUCCUUCUAGCAGUUCUAUAUGAAAUUGAAUUUUCCUUUUUUUUUUGGUGGUAA